AGAUUCAGAACUCCUCCGGCUCCCACCAAGCAUUUCCCCGAAUCUUGAGCAGUCCUUGGUCGAGAUUGUGCCACAUUAUGGCAGAGUUAAUAAAUGUUGAGAUCUAAAAUGUAACAAAAGAGGAAAUUGGUGGCUUUUUUAUUCUGAAACUGAGAAGCGUCCUGGCUUGUUCCUCGCCUCUGCUUGCAAAACCUAAAAGAGCCUCACCUUCAUCGCUCUGCCUGGAGUUUUUAGGAUUCUUUGGACUCAAAAUUAGCUGUUUGGGAACCAUGGACUUGAACGUGUGGCACAUCCUAUGGGUCCUGAUUCACGGCCCGUGGAUGCCCUCCCGUGCCUUCAAUCUCGACACCAAGAGGCCGACUGUCUUCCGUGGGCCCGAGGAAGCGCAGUUUGGCUUCAGUGUCCAACAGCACUAUGCCUCUGGGAAAAACUGGCUGCUCGUGGGGGCACCAUGGAAAGGCUCCGCGGGCAAGCGGCCAGGCGACGUGUACAGAUGCCCCUUGGGACUCGGGUCGGAGAUCACCAACUCCAGCUGCGAGAAGCUGGGCUUGGAGAAGGUGGUGUCCGUGCCAUCUGUCACGGAGGUGAAGGAAAACAUGAACCUGGGAAUGAAUCUCGCGCCGGGGCCAGAUCCAGGCAGCUUCACCGUGUGCGCGCCACUCUGGGCCCAGCAGUGUGGCAGCUCCUACUUUGCCCCCGGAAUCUGCAGCGAUGUCGACUCCGGCUUCAACGUCUCCGAGUCGUAUGCGCCCACGCUUCAAAAAUGCGGCUCCUACAUGGACAUUGUCUUCGUGCUGGACGGCUCCAACAGCAUCUACCCAUGGUCCGAUGUCCAAAACUUCCUGGUCAAGACUCUGCAGUCGUUCCACAUUGGGCCUGAUCAGACACAGGUGGGCAUCGUGCAGUACGGGGAGGUGGCGACGCACGAGUUCGACCUGGGCGACUUCCGCUCGACCGAGGAGGCGGUGGACGCGGCGCGUCGCGUCCACCAGCUGCGCGGGAACGAGACGCACACGGCGAAGGGUGUCGUCACGGCGCGGUCGGAGGCGUUUUCUCCGGAGCGGGGCGCACGUCCCGACGCCCAGAAGGUGAUGAUCGUGGUGACGGACGGCGAGUCGCACGACAAGUAUCUGCUGCCCGAGGUCAUCGAGCAGUGCGAGAGGGACGGCAUCACGAGAUACGCCAUCGCCGUGCUCCGCUCGUACAGCUCCAAUGCGGACGACGUGGCUCGGCUGAUUAACGAGGUGCGCUCCAUCGCCAGCCACCCCGUGGAGAGGCACUUCUUCAACGUGACGAGCGAGGCCACCCUCAUCGACAUCGUCGGCACACUCGGGGAACGCAUCUUCAGCCUCGAGGGCACAAGGGAAAAGAACGAGACUUCGUUUGACCUGGAGAUGUCUCAGGCUGGAUUCUCCGCUCACUAUGUCGGGGGCGCCCUGAUGCUGGGAGCGGUGGGCGCGUACGAGUGGAUGGGCACCAUCGUGCGGCGCGUGGGAGACGAGGUGUCCCUGCCGGGGAAGCACGCCUUCGAGUCGGCGCUGCCCUCUGAGCUGCGAAGCCACGCCGCCUACCUCGGCUACUCGCUGACGUCGGCGAGGACGCAGAACGGCUCCACGAUCCUGGUGGCCGGGGCGCCGCGCUUCAACCACACGGGCCGAACUGUCGUCUUCACGCAGGACCACAACUCUCAAGUCAGCGUGCUCAAGACGCUCUCCGGGGAGCAGAUCGGUUCGUACUUUGGCAGGGAGGUGUGCGCCAUGGACGUGGACGGGGACUCGGUGUCGGACGUGCUGCUCGUGGCCGCCCCCAUGUUCAUGGACUCGUCAAGCAGAGAGACGGGCCGCGUCUACCUCUACACGUUCAGCCCCCAGGGUGUGCUGGAGUGGAGCGCUCACCUCUCGCCGGCCGAGAGCCAGGACUCGCGCUUCGGCUCGGCUCUGGCCGCCGUCCCCGACCUCAACCAGGACGGCUGGGGCGAGCUGGCGGUGGGGGCUCCGCUGGAGGACGAGCGCCAGGGCGCCGUCUACCUGUUCCAGGGCCACGGCCGCUCCCUGCGCACCACCCACGUGCAGCGAGUCGCGGCGAGCGAGCUCGGGCACGGGCUGCAACUCUUCGGGCGCUCGCUGCACGCGCAGCUGGACGUGGACGGCAACGAGAUCGCCGACGUGGCGGUGGGCUCGCUGGGCGCCGCCGUCGUGAUUUGGUCGCGCGGGAUCGUGGAGGUGGAGGUGGCGACGCAAUUUGACCCGGGUGAGAUCGACAUCUGGAGCUUGACGUGCGAGGCGCGCGGGCGCAGCACCUUCUGCGUGGAGUCCUCCGUGUGCCUCACCGCACGCACCAGGGCUCCCAAGCCAGAGGCCCAGCACGUCGCCGUCGUGUACAACGUGACCAUCGACGCGAGCAGGCUGGCCCCGCGGGCGCUCUUUGACAAGUACGACGAGCGCAGGCUGCUGCGGGAGGCGAUCCUCCCCUACGACGUGGAGACGUGCUCGCGUUUUAAAAUCUACAUGCUUGAAGCAUCGGACUAUGUGAAACCGCUGGGAGUCCGCGUGGAUUUCCGCAUGGCUGACCCAGAUUCUGGACCAGUCCUAAACCUGCUCAAGCCCAAACACGUUGAAUACAUGAUCCCGUUCAAGAAGGACUGCGGAGAUGAUGACCAGUGCAUCACAGACCUGGUGCUGAGCGUUAACACCGAUGCCAGCGGAUCAACGAGCGCUCCGUUCCUCAUCAGCAGCACCAUGCACCGCGUGCUCCUCAACGUGACGCUGCACAACAAGCUCGAGAACGCCUACAACACGCGACUCAACGUGUCGCUCUCCCCAAACCUGCACUUCAGCAACGUCAUGGACCAGGCUGAGAAGGCGGUGAAGAUUAAUUGCCACUCUUUGGCGCACGCGACGGGCCGAGUGUGCGAGGCGGGCUACCCGGUGUUCAAGUCCAACACCAAGAUCAGCCGCAUGUUUGAAUUCAAGCUCAGCGAAACGACGCUUUUGAACCACAUUGAUUUUCAGAUGGAAGCCAUGAGCGACAGCGACGAGCUCCCGGACACGAUGCACGACAACACCUUCCAUCUGUCGCUGCCCGUGCGCUAUCAGGCCGACACCAUCUUACUCAGGCAGACCAACAUCGAAUACAUUGAAAUCCUUAAAGAUGUCCGGCCUCCCAACAUCAUCAAGUCCUUCAAUGACAUUGGGACGAUUUUCAAAUUCACCAUCACAAUACAGAACACGGGGCCGUAUCUUCUAGAGCACCUUCAGGUGAACGUCUCCAUUCCAGCAUUCUCGCAGCAAGGAAAUCCGCUGCUCUACAUCACCCACGUGGACACCUUCCCGGCGCACCAAGUCCGCUGCCACACUGGCAACACCGUCGACCCGUUCGCCGUGGCUCAGAGCCAGCCACGUGCAGUGUUCCUGGCCGAGGACUUCACGGCUGAGAGAGAACUGAAUUGCAAGACGGCCAAAUGUGCCUCGUUUCUCUGCACAAUUAAACGGAUGGACAAGCAUCAGACGCUGGGGGUCAAGGUGACGACGAGGCUGUGGAAUUCCACAUUUCACAAGGGAAAGCUGAGUCACGUGAGGAUCGUGGCGCCCACGACGCUGCACCUUCUCAACUCCUCGCUCAUGGUCAUCAAGGAAGGACACGGCACGACGAAUGUUACCGUGGAGGUCAUAAAGCGAGGGAAGUACGUGUUUCCGUUUUGGAUAAUAUUAGCGAGUGUCUUGGGAGGGCUGCUGCUCCUGGCGCUCAUCAUUCUGGCACUGUGGAAGCUGGGCUUCCUCAAGCGAAAGCAGCCGAUGCAGCAGCUCCAGAAGGCAGAGGUGAUUCACCCCACAUAGCUGCGGCGCAAAGGAUGGUGCUCUCUCACUCCCUCUCAUUUGGUCUUUGUCUCACGUACGUCUUCGUUAGUAGCUGUACACUCGUACCCAGCCCAAGGUCCAAUUUUGUGUGCACAUCCUUUACAACUUUAAGGGUCAAGGGAGUGGGCGUUAACGUUUGUUUAGGAUUGGUUGCACUUUUUAGUUGAUUUUAUAGUACAACCAGUUCACUGUGGUGGAAAAAAUAUAAAGGGUAAUUCCGUAGUCCUUACGCUCAACAAUUGACCUUUUUAAAAAUGUGUUAUCUACAAUGGUCCACGUGGGAAACCCAAGGGCACCCCACUCCAUAUGCUGUCCUUCGAAAGGUUUUCCUUCAUGUCCCAAAUGUCCCCGAUAUGACCUCUCCCUUGUGUAUAGAGAACACGAUUACAUGGUCUGUUACCCUUGUGCAUUAUGAAAGGGUGCAUCAUGGGAGUUGGGGGAUUGUAUUUUUUUAAAGUUAUAUUUAUUACUGCUUUACACCCCCCCAAUGUUUUUUCCCCCUUUCAAAUAGGAAGACCACACAAUUUAUAUUUCAGGUAUUGUUCAGAAAUGUAAUUUUACAGAUAUUUAGUUUAUGCACGUAUAUAUUUCCACGAAGGAUACAAAAGUGACACUGAUUUUCUAUAAAAAAGGCAAUGUCUUUUAGACCAAAAUGUGCUUCUUUGUAAAUAUGCAUUCCUCUCGUUUCAUUGUCAUCCGCACGUUCGUUGAUUAAAAGCUCCGGCAUGUGGAGCUUAUGUUUGUCUAACAAUCCGGGUGACAAUCUCUGCUGUAAAGUUUGUAGACCCGUAGAUUCCUUUCUGUCGUGUUGCUUCUAAGCAACGAUGUACAAAUUGUUAAACAGGGUCGCUACUUUAAUGAUGCAGACGUUUUAACGAAACGUGAAAAAUACAUGCACUGUUUAACUGUU